AUGAAAGUGGUAGUUUCGACUGUAAAUUUCAUAAAAUCACGAGGACUCAAUCACAGGCAAUUCAAACAAUUCCUUGAUGACAUCGAAAGCGAAUAUUUACUGUAUUAUACAGAAGCAAGGUGGCUAAGUCGUGGAUUGACACUGGAAGGAUAUCUAAAUUUAAUAGAAGAAAUUGGAAUAUUUCUGGCGGAAAAGCAAAGGGAUCUGACACUUUUUAGAUCGCAAUUGAAUUCUAGAAAUUACAAUCAUUUUCCGAAUUAUAAGAAAAUGGCUGAAAAAUUCAGCAAACUGCGAUUAAUUUCAGUUAUGUAG